AUGUCGACAUCGAAUGAGCUGUCUGGUGCAUCGACACUGUCGGCUUCUCUUCAGCCUAAUGCGCCGGAAAACAAUGGGGAGAAGCUGAUGCCGGACCCAGAAGAAAACAUCAGCGCUCACCUUCACGGCGGCCUUGAGUUGUCAAAUGUCCUCGUUCCACAAGGCUUCUUUGAGAGUGCAUAUUUUCCUGCAAUCGAUGUUCCUACAGGAAAUACUGGCGACGGUGGCUCUCAUCAGGAACUGUAUGUUUCAGCAGAGGAAGGCUCCUCCUUUCUAGACGCCUCAUUGGGCAUAGAGUCAGGUCAUGCGGAGUCUGAUAGUCUCGGCUAUAGCGAACCUGUCAACUGGCCACUCUCAAACGUUCAUGAAACGAAUGCCAAUUACUGGGACCGGAUCUACGAGGGAAUGCGGAGCCAAUUCAUGGAAGAUGAGAAAUACAGAUAUCAUUCUCCCGUUUCUCAGUCCCAGAGAUGGGCGACUCCUCUCAGGGAAGAAGCAUUCUCGCUUCUUGAACCUGAUGAUGGGACGCUCGUGCCUUACAAAGAUCCCUACCUCGAGGAAGAAGAUGGCGACAUCUGGCUCCCUGUAACUGUAUCUGCUCCGUUGUCCCUCAAACCCAUCCCCCGCACUCCUAAGCGGCGGACUAAGGGCAAAUCUCCUGUAAAGAAGAAGGCAAAGACGCCUCGGACCCCGAAAACGCACAUGAGCCGUUCGACCCUUCCAAAGGCCUCGCCGAAGAAACGGGCAUCGGACAACGUCGCUGGAUUGAAUACUCCGCCCACGACACCGGCUCGGCGUUCCGCUCGGCUAGACGAGAAGAAGAAGAAAGUCGUUGAGGAGCAAGUGGAUGAGUUGCUCCUCAAGCCUGGGCAGCAAGAUGUUUAGAUCGACAGAUGAGGGUGUCCCAUCAAGCGUUUCAGCUCUGGUUUACCCUGUUGUUUGUACUGCUGGAUUUUAUUCCAGUCAUGGACCCGCCGCCGAAUACUUCAACGUCAUCUCUCUUUUGUUCCAGUUUUUUCACUCACUUCCGUGAUCGAUGCUUCCAACUAGAUGCUUGUCACUCCUUCCCCUGUUCCAUGUCUGACUCUCAUGUCUGCGUCCAACUUGCUUAUGAAC